CCUGGAGGCACAACAAUCCUUUGAGCGCUUUUUUUGGUACUGGAAGCCCAUUCAAAUCCGCCGCUAUUCCUAGAGAAGUUCCCAGGCUUGUCAUUUGGAGCGCAUAUUCAAUGUUAGAUUACAGGUGAAGGGAGAAUGAAUGAAGUAGACACAUAUAAAUACGCACGUUACUUAUACGUACAGGUCUACCCAAUUCUCCUCUUCCUCUAACACCAUAAUCCCAAUAUUUCAUAUCAUCUCCAUUUAACUUGGCUGCCCGACUCCAUCGUUCUUCUGCUCAUAAGUCGCAGCCAAGUGCCACUUCAACUGCCGCCAAAAUAAUUUUCUCAACAACCCGCUUUGAUAUUGCCAAUCCCAUACAAUCUGUAAUGUCUUAUACACCGAUUCGACGUGUUGUCACGGGCCACAGUCCAUCUGGUAAAGCCAUGAUCGAUUCAGACACCAAGCUGACACCGUAUGACCCCUUAUCUGCCGACUGCUCUCGCGCCGCAUCAGACAAGCUCGCAUUCACCACAAUAUGGCGCACCGAGUCCUUCCCUGCCAAAGUAGACGGGCCCUGGACGGACUUCAACGGCACCCAAAUCCCACUCGCUGACUCCGUCGGCACUAUUAUCCGCGCUGUGGAUUUCCCACCCGGACCAGGAUUCAUGCACCGAACUGUCAGCAUAGAUUUCGGCAUCGUGCUCGCGGGUGAGAUAGUGCUGGAGCUGGACAACGGAAUCAAGACGACCUUGGAGAAGGGUGAUGUUGUAGUCCAACGCAGUACGGUCCACGCAUGGUCCAAUUUGACAUCUGAGCCUGCGCGUAUGCUCUUCGCCAUGUUACCGGCCAAACCGAUCAAAGUUGGCAGCCAGACUCUCGAGGCCACCGCGAUUCCGCCGCCCUCGGGGCCAUCGUCUCCUGCCCGUGGCGGAUCUGCUUCCCCCACCAGACUUGAAGUCGAAUCCACCCCUAUUCAACCCAUGUCUUUCCAAGGGGAUACACAGUCUUCAUUUGGUAGAGAAACCCUGAGUCAAUAG